ACUCUUUCUUCCUGCGAGACCGUUGGUGCCUUAGCAACUAAACCUAGCAACUGAGGAAUCGUCAAGUCCUGCGGAACUGAGCUAAAGGGCCUUGGAAACCUUGCGCUCGCGUCGAGCAGUUUCCAGCCUCCCAGGCAAGGAAAUGGUCUCCUCCCUUGCCUGGGACCCUGGAACUGUCUCAUUCUGGUGAAAGUUAGAGGCAGCCUAGAACGAGAAGCCUUUUGCGGAGUAAAGGCUGACAUGCCCGUCCUGUGUGACAGAUUGCUAAAGCUAAAGGAGAUGUUUAACUCUAAGUUCGGAUCCAUUCCCAAGUUUUAUGUUCGAGCACCGGGAAGGGUCAACAUAAUAGGAGAACAUAUAGAUUACUGUGGAUAUUCUGUUCUUCCUAUGGCUAUAGAACAAGAUAUAUUAAUAGCUGUGGAACCUGUGAAAGCAAACACUCUCCAGCUGUCCAAUACAAAUCCCCUAUACCCGGACUUCAGUGCUAGUGCUAAUGAAGUUCAGAUCGACAAAACUAAGCCUCUGUGGCACAACUACUUUCUAUGUGGAUUUAAAGGAAUUCAGGAACACUUUGGUCUUAGUAACCUGCCUGGAAUGAAUUGCUUGGUAGAUGGGACCAUCCCCCCGAGUUCCGGCCUCUCCAGCUCCAGUGCUGUGGUCUGCUGUGCUGGCCUGGUGACGGUCACAGUUCUGGGCGUGAACCUGUCCAAGGUGGAACUUGCAGAAAUCUGCGCCAGGAGUGAGCGAUAUAUUGGCACCGAAGGAGGAGGGAUGGACCAGUCCAUAUCAUUUCUUGCAGAAGAAGGAACUGCCAAGUUGAUUGAAUUUAGCCCUCUGCGGGCAACUGAUGUGAAGCUCCCAAGUGGAGCAGUGUUUGUGAUUGCCAGCAGUUGUGUGGAAAUGAAUAAGGCGGCGACCUCCCAUUUCAACACCAGGGUGGUGGAGUGUCGGCUGGCUGCAAAGCUCUUGGCUAAGUACAAAGGCUUGCAAUGGGGUAAAGUGCAGCGGCUAGAGGAAGUGCAGGCUGACCUCGGGGUCACUCUGGAAGAAAUGCUGCUGAUCACAGAGGAUGCUCUUCACCCUGAGCCUUACAGCCCAGAGGAGGUUUGUAGGUGUCUGGGAAUUAGCCUGCAGGAAUUUCGGACCCAAAUCCUGAGUCCAAAUACUCAAGAUGUGCUCAUCUUCAAACUGUACCAGCGGGCAAAGCACGUGUUCAGCGAGGCAGCGCGAGUGCUGCAGUUUAAGAAGGUCUGUGAAGAAGCACCCGACAACACAGUGGAGCUGCUGGGGGAGCUCAUGAACCAGAGCCACGUGAGCUGCCGGGACCUGUAUGAGUGCAGCUGCCCGGAGCUGGACCAGCUGGUAGACAUCUGUCGGACAUUUGGGGCUCAAGGGUCACGCCUCACUGGAGCAGGAUGGGGAGGCUGCACAGUCUCACUGGUACCUACUGACAAGCUGCCCAGCUUCCUAGCAAACGUGCGUGAAGCUUAUUACCAGAGGAGUGACCGGAGCCUAGUGCCGGAGAAUCAGAGGUUGUUUGCUACCAAACCUGGAGGCGGAGCUUUGGUUUUCCUUGAGGCCUAAACAAUGUAAAAAAUCUUAGAGAAACUAUUUAGGGCAUUUAGGAGCUGGCAGGACUUCUUAUGCCGCAGUAAAUUAAUCCUUUCUGUUUUGUAUUACGAUGAACGGUUGCUAUUAUCAAGAUGUGUUUCCAAAGAAAUGGUUGAAAGCUCUCUAUGUUUCAUAAUGAUUAUUUUUCCAUCUUAAAAUAUGUUUUCUAUCAAUAAGAGCCAAAAUUAUGGCUGGGCAGAUCCCUUCAGGAUGACUUAUUGGGAUUUAUUCACUUCAAGAUUUUUAAAAGAUGAACUGUAAAAGAAAAUCCUGACCUCAUGGAUUGGACUAGAAUUAAACACGUUGUUACAAUUAAACUGAUACAAUGGAAUUGUAUACAAUAUUCUUUAAAUACGGGUUAUUUCUGGUUUCUCUUUAAUGUUCUUCCUCAAAGGUGGUCUUCUGUUGUUGAUGCCGAUGAUGGUGAUGCCAGAAAUUCUCUCUUAACUUGAGCUUCAGAACGCUAUUAAAAUAAUACAUUAUUAGGGAUUCACAGAUUUUCCCAGACAUCUUAUACUUAAAUGUGAGAUUCCCCAAUUACUGGGAUGAGAAUUGCUUAAUUUUUUUCAAAAGGUGGAUUUAGAAAGAAAACCCCAAUCAUUUAAUUUUUUAACCAUGUGAUACCAUAUAAGCAAUCAUUUUCAAUUCUUCAGUCCCUGAGUUCUAUCAUUUAACAGAGAAACUUAGAUAAAAGACACUUUAAAUCUUUAUCUCUCCCUGGCUGGUAUAGCUCAGUGGAUUGAGCGCAGGCCUGUGAAUCAGAGGAUCGCAGUUUGAUUCCCAGUCAGGGCACAUGCCUGGGUUGCAGGCCAGUUCCCAGCAGGGGAUGCAUGAGAAACAACCAUACAUUGAUAUUUUUCUCCCUCUCUCCUUCCCUUCCCCGCUAA